AUGUCCCUACCGAUGGAGGAACGUCAAUUGGCCAACGAGGAAAGUGACUCUGAAAAGGUGUCGACUGCAUCGUCCUGCAAAGCGAUUCUCCAAAACCGGCAGGACGAAGGAUGGGCGAAGAGUGCGCAAACUCCGCAACCUGAACCUCAAUUUAGAACAUGGUUCAACGUCUUGUGUGUCAAUAUCUUGGAUGUUUUCCUUCGUUUUUCUUCCAACCUGAGAUGUUCCUGCGACGACGUCGAUUUGGACACCGGCCCUUCUGAAUUCUCGACCCUUUUUAAUAUUUCCCAUAAGAGCACUGACUCUCUCCCUCGACACAACCGUUUGUGGAGGAUGGCUUCGUCCUGUGUUCAAUCUGUUACUGCGUGGCCGAUGCUGAUCGCAUGGGCUGGUGGUGGCUGCAGCCAGCCGGAUAAGGAGGUGAGGCCCGACCGCAGGGGCGGGACUGGGCUUGGAGAGGUCCGAAUCCCUCGCCCACCUUCACGGGCGGGGGCGACUGAAGAUGCUCUGUAG